UGACCUUUCUUAUUUAUUAUUUGCUUUGCUUAAUUAGUUAAUGUACAAAUGGCAAAUCUCCACAACCGUCUCUUUCCUCUCUCUCUAUAAUAACUAUCUCCACACCCAGACACCCAGACACACACACACACCCACCCACCCCACCAUUGCUGUUACAACAUUCAUUUUCUCCACCCAAAAAAGAAAAAAGAAAAAGAAAAAGGAAAAAGAAGAAGAAGAAGAAAACACAACAAACAAAUCCCAUUUCUCCUCCCAAAGCGGCGAGCAAUGCUCCCAUUCCGGCUAUACGCCGCCGUUUUGUUCGUCCUCAGUAUCUCCCUCCUCUUCCCUCCGUUCUGCAUCGGGAUUCGCUCCUUCCCGACCAGGGCGAUCGACGGCGGAGAUGCCUUCGAACUCGCCUCCGCCGCCUGGGCGCGAUUCUCUGAGGCGCCGGACUACCGUAACGGAGCAGACUGCGCCGUUUCGAUGAACAAGGAAAUGGUGUCCUCCUGCGACCCUUCCCUGGUCCACAUCGCCAUGACUCUCGAUUCUGAGUAUCUCAGAGGCUCCGUAGCUGCCGUACACUCGGUUCUCAAGCACGCUUCUUGCCCCGAGAACGUCUUCUUCCACUUCAUCGCCGCCGAGUUCGACCCGGCGAGUCCACGGGUCCUGACCCAACUCGUCCGAUCCACCUUCCCCUCCCUCAAUUUCAAGGUCUACAUCUUCCGGGAAGACACCGUCAUUAAUCUCAUCUCGUCUUCGAUUCGGCAGGCGCUCGAGAACCCGCUCAACUACGCCAGAAAUUACCUGGGCGAUAUUUUGGGACGGUGCGUGGACCGGGUCAUUUACUUGGACUCGGAUGUGCUGGUGGUCGACGACAUUCACAAGCUCUGGAACAUUUCGCUCUCCGGGUCGCGGGUCAUCGGAGCCCCGGAGUACUGCCACGCCAACUUCACUAAGUAUUUCACCGACGGGUUCUGGUCCGACCCGGUUCUUUCCCGGGUCUUUUCCUCAAGAAAGCCCUGCUACUUCAACACUGGGGUGAUGGUGAUGGACUUGGUGAGGUGGAGACAGGGAAAUUACAGAAAGAGGAUUGAGAACUGGAUGGAGUUGCAGAGAAAGAGAAGGAUUUACGAUUUGGGUUCUUUGCCACCAUUUUUGCUGGUUUUUGCCGGGAACGUGGAGGCCAUAGACCACAGGUGGAACCAGCACGGGCUUGGUGGCGACAAUGUCAGAGGGAGCUGCAGGUCUCUUCACCCUGGUCCAGUGAGUUUGCUACAUUGGAGUGGCAAAGGCAAGCCUUGGGUUAGGCUUGAAUCCAAGAACCCUUGUCCGCUUGACCAUCUUUGGGAGCCUUAUGAUCUUUACAAGCCACUCCGUCAUUACAACGCAGCAAAGUUCCAAGCUUUAUCGUCGAUUUCUGGUUCUACAUUGAUUGGGUUUUCCAGCUAUUUGUCAUGAGGCGGGGUUAUGAUUCUUUCAUACAUUGUUCAGAGAUUCUAUUCUUUUGAUAGCCAUAGGGCCAGCCAUGUACAGAUUGGUUGAAUUUUAGGUGAAAUUGUUGGAGAAAAUUCAUGGGUCUUCUUCUUCACUGGGUAUGAGACAGAUUCAAUUCAAUUCCUAUUUUGAAGGUUCCAAUUCUUUGGAACCAUUUUGGCGAUUGAAUGAUUUCUUUGUAUGUAAUCUGGGUCUCAAGAGGGAGGAAUAUCAUACACUUGUUCUUGCUUCUUUCAUGUCAAGUUCCAUUAUUUUAUUUUUGUUCAUCUUAAUUAUUUACAGGCUGUGUGUUUUGGUGUA